CGAUGAUGUCAAAUAUUCAUUCAAUCGGAAAUGGAAACAAUACAAUAAUGAAUGCAAAUAAUAAUAGUACACCACCAUAUCCAAAUCCAAAUGAAUUAAUACAUGCUAUUAUGAAUGGUAAUAUUUGUAAAGGUUUUCCAGAGCCACCAUCACGUUUGAUAAAAUUAUUUAUAAGUUCAACACGUACUGAUUUUGAAAUUGAACGACAACAUUUACAUGAAAUUAUUCUACCAAAAUUAGAACGUUAUUGUAAUAGUUUAUCAUUAGAUUUAUUAACUAUUGAUCCACAUUGGCAAUUACAGCCACCAUUGAUUACAAUAGAAUAUUCUCAACAACAGAAUCAACAGAAUUCAUGUAGUAAUAAUAAUAAUGGUGAUAAAUGCUCAACAAUGAUAAGACAGCAACCAUCAACAGUAACACCAGUGAUAUAUGAUCAAAAUUCUAAUCUAAUUGAUCCACAUGAAUUUGAUUUACAAUUAAAAGAGAUUGAAGAAUGUUCACAGCAAUCAAUAUCAACAUUUUUUAUGUGUUUGAUUGGUCAUAAAUAUCGACCAAUUGCAUUACCAACAGUGAUUGCAUCGGAUGAUUUUCAACAAAUUUUUACAGCUGCCGCUGAAUCCGGUUUAGGCGAUGUGAAUCUAUUACGUUCAUGUUAUAAAGAAAAUCGUAAUCUACAGCCAGAACCACAUUAUGUAUUGUUGGAACCACGUCGUGCAUCACGACAAUAUGAAGAAGAAUUAGAACAUAUUGCUAAACUGGUUGAAUACGGUUCAAAAGUUGCUGCACGUGAAGGAUUAUUAAGUAAUAAUUUUGGUGUUGUAAUGUCAGCCGUUCAUCAACAAACAUUACAUGCAUUAUAUUGUGCUCGCCAAUAUCAAUUAGGUGGUCUUGUUACAUCACCAACUACAAUGAAUAAUAACAUUUCUUCCAAUCGCCAUCAUCAUCCUCAUCAUAUGCACCACCAACAACAACAACAACAACGAAUUCAUCCACUUAAAUCACCACCACAACGAUUAUCAUCAUCAUCACCAUCAUCAUCGACAACAAUAGCAAAGAAAAAAAUUCUUGGUUCCGGUAAACUUGGUUCAUUAUUAACUGGAACAUCUAACAUCAACACUAAUGUGAAUAGUAGCAAUAAUAAUCAAAAUGACAAUAACAACAACAAUAAUGAUAAUCAACAUUCAUCGAUGAAAAUUGUAAAAAAACCAUCACCACCAUUAACACCAACACGUCAUCGUUUAAUGCAUCAGGUAUCAUUACAACAGGGACCAACACAGAAAAAAAUUCAAAUGACACAUCGACAAACAUCGGUGUCAACAAAUUAUGAACUAAUGCAACAACCAGUUGAUCGAAUGUUGUGUUUUAUUCGUCAAUUAGAAGGUGUUAAUUUUAACAAUGCAUCUGUAACAAGAUUUUUUGAUGUUACACCAACAACAACAAUGUCAACAUCAACAACAACAACAACAACGACGACGACAACAACAACAACAACGUCUUCCAGUGAUGAAUUUAAACAACAACAACAAUCGAUGAAUUCAUCUCUUCCAAUUCCAUCGAAUAAUCAACAGCAACAACAACAACAACAACAACAAUCAACAAUGAGACAACUAUAUGCACCUACAGCUCAAAAUGAUAUACAACAAUUGAUUGAAGAUGUAAUACUUGGAUUGAAAAAAGGAAAUGUACAUUAUUUUAACAUAUCAUGGAGCCCACCACCAGAUCAAUGUAUUCAAACACGAACAUAUACAUUACCAGCAAAUUAUAUUGAACGUUUUGGUGAAACAGUAUUACGUACAUUGAAAUCAUCGAUUGAUGAACAUUGGAAAGCAAUGCAACAAUCAAUAUUUGGUCCAAUUGCUCCUGGUUCUAGUUUUGAAUAUCCUGGCGAUAUUGUACGUGAAGCACAUUCACAUUUAUCAAAUUUUCGUCGUGUAAUGCGUUCAUUGGGUAUGGCACAGGCUAUAAAUCAUUCUGAUUUUGGACAUUUACUUCAUAUUCGUGAAUUAUUAAUAACUGAUAUACAUGGUGCUGGUAGUGGUUCCACUAAUACCGUUACUAGUGGACCAACAAAUACUGGAACAUCUGCAUCACGUUGUACAGCUACAAGUCAUCUUCAUCAUUCACAACAACAGAAUUUUCGUCAUCAACCAAUUAUUGUUACCGGUCGAUCAGGAUCAGGUAAAUCAACAUUAUUAGCACAGGUAUUUACCUAUGCACCGGAUUGGUUAGCAGAAAAUUCUGAUCGUGAUCAAGUAAUUCGUAUUGUACGACAAUGUGGUCAAAGUCCUAGUUCAAAUUUUGCAUCAGAAUUAUUACGCAGUCUUUGUAUACAAACAUCGGUUGCAUAUGGAUUGGAAUCGCAUCUGACACGUAGUGCAUCGGCACAUGAAUUAUCUGAAUUGGCAAUCUGUUUCCAGGAAUUGCUUAAACUUCGUAAUCCUAAUGAUUGUGAUCUAUUAAUCAUUUUGGAUGAUCUUCAUCAUCUACAAUCGGCAUUACAGUCUAGUGCAUUAUUAGGUUGGAUGCCAUGGCAUCUUCCACCAAAUGUACAUUUCAUAUGUUCAGUUGCAUUAGAAUCAGAAUCUGUAUUAAGUAUAUUACGAUCACGUAUUUCAUCGGAAAAUUUUAUCUGUCUUGAUGAUGAUCAUCGUAUUGAUUCUAUGAAACAUUGUCAUUCUAUUUAUUCGAUGGUACAAUCAAAAUUACGUGAUGAAAAACGAACAUUGACAUCGAUUCAAUGGGAUUUUGUACGACAAAAAUUGAAUAGUUCAUCUGAUCUAUUAAGCAAUAUUAAGAGUAAUAGUCAACGUACAGAACAACAACAACAACAGCAUCAAGAAGCUUUAAUGACACCAUUAUUUGCUAAUAUGUUAGCUACAGCUGUAUUAAGUAAUUGGGAAUCAUUCUAUACACCAGAAUAUUUACCAACAAAUGUAGAUGAAUUAGUAACGACAAUUCUGGAUGAUCUUGAGGAUUGUAUACCAUAUCAAUUAGUGAGAAGAAUUUGUUCAUAUUUGACAUGUACAAAAUAUGGCCUAAGAGAAAUGGAAUUAUUUCAAUUAGUACAGGAAACAUUAACGAGUCAAAUAUGGCCAGCAAUACAACAACAACAUAUGAGAAUGCGAACAACAACAACAACAACAACAACGACGACGACGACAACAACAACAACGGAUACAUGUACAUCAAGUAAUACUACUACACCGGAUCCAUAUGAUCCACCAAGAUCAACAUCAUCAACAUGGAUUAUAUUGAAAUCAAAAUUGCGUCAUUUACUAAAAGAAUAUUAUGUACAGGGACAAUUAUAUUUCCAAUGGCGUAGUUCGAAAAUAACAAAAGCAAUACAGGAACGUUAUCUAACAGAAAUACGACAAAUUCGAGCCAUACAUUUAGAAUUGGCACAAGCAUUUUAUAAUUCAUUUACUGAGCUAAAUUCUUCCGGAAAAGAAUCCGAAUCAGUUCGUGAAGCCGAUGAACUGUGGUAUCAUCUAUUGUAUUCUGGAAAUCGUGUCGAACUUAAAACAAAAGCAUUAUUGAAUAUUCGUUUCCUUAAUACUAUUGUACAGGGUGUUUCAUUUUGUUAUCUACGUUGUAUAUUGGAUGCUGUACGAUCACAGAUUUUUGACUGGGAUAUUGAACAAUUAUAUGCAAUGCUUAAACAAUCGGUACAUGUCGUAACACAGGAACCGAAUCAAUUACCAGUGGAAGCAUUACUAUGGCUGGUACCAUUUACAGCUACAAAUCAAACACAACAAUUAUCAUUGACAAAUUUGAUCAAAACAACAACGAAUUUAUCGAAUUUUGAUACGGUUAUUAAACCGAAUAAAUCAACACAGAAUAAAUCAUCAUCACAUACAUUACUUCAUCCUACAUCAUCACUGCCAACAUCAAUAUCGUCAUCAUCAUAUACACCUGGAUCAUCAUUAUUAUCAACAUCAUCGUCAUCAUCGUCAACAACAUCAAGUUAUUUAGCUGAAUUUUUACGGCAAUGUUAUCGUAGCUGUAUUGAAUCAAUGGAUCGACCAUUAUUAUAUCCAAUAAAUAUAUGGCUUAAUUUACCAAUACCACCACAGGUUACAAUGAUCACAAGUCCAUGGCCAUCAAUAACGCGUGCAGUAUCGACACCGGAUUCACAACAUUUAAUCGUAUGCGAACAAUGUUCAUUACAUUUUUAUCAUUUACCAACAAAAACUGUAGCGAAAAGUUUAGAAGGUCAUAAAUCAACGAUAACAUGUUUGCAUUUAUCCACAAGCGGUAAAUGGUUAGCAACCGGAUCGGAUGAUAGUUCCGUACAUUUAUGGUAUAUUGAUGCUGAAUUAAUGGAAAUCAAUGAUUGUAGAAUACGACAUAGAUUUAUUCAUCAUAGUGCAAGUGUUUUAUGUAUUACCAUUAAUCAUAUGGAAACAUUAGUGAUUAGUGGAUCGGAAAACGGUGCUAUUUGUGCAGUAAAUCUUCAUAACGGUACAUUAAUCACAAGAUUAGAACAUCAUAAAUCGAUGGUUACCUGUAUUGGUAUAAAUACCGGUGAUGAUGUACUUGUUUCCGGUUCAACUGAUCGUACAGUUGUUGUUUGGAGUCUGGAUUCAUUCUGUAUAUUGAAUGAAAUAUUAUUAAUGCGUCCCGUAUUACAUAUGGAUAUUUCAUUGGAUUCAACAUUUUUAUUAUUAUCAUUGGAUGAUAAUAGCUUACAAAUAAGAGCUUUAACCACUGGUACUGGUGUUCAUACAUUGCAGCCAUCAUCAUCGAAUAUGGCUACAACGGCUGUUGUUAGCUAUGUACGUUUUGCUGAAGAUAAUUGUCGUUGUGUUGUUGGCUAUGCUGAUGGUCGUUUACUUUUAUUCGAUAUACAUUCAUCACGGCAACUACAAACAUUGAAUGGUCAUAGUGAAAUGAUUACAUCGAUUUUACCACAAAAAGAUGACCAUUUUCUAUUCACUAGUGGUGGUAAUAAGAUAAUUAUCUGGAAUUUUUAUCCAGUUCGUCGUGUAGAUCAUACACCAUCACCAUUAGCUGUAGAAGGUCUGGAUCGAUCAAUACAUGAAAUAAAUAUUGUUGAAUCGAUGGCUAUCAGUUCGACAACUGGUUUAAUGUCAUCAUUGAAUGAUCCAUUUAUGGAUAAUUCAUCUGGAAAAGAUACGGGUAAAGAUUCUAAAGAAUCGGGAACCAUUAGUGGUAGCAAUAUUGUUGGCGGUGGUGGUGGUAGUGGUAGUGGCCGAAAUUCUCGUUCAUCAUCUGAUCGUCGUAAACAUAAAACAUCAUCAUCAUCAUCAUCGACACAUGGAUCAUUUAGAAAAAAAGUUUCCGUUUCAACGAUCGAUAAUCAUCGUGAACCAAUUACCUGUGUUUCAGUAGCUAGAGAUGGUCAAUACAUUGUAACCGGUGGUCGUGAUUGUUUAGUAAAAAUAUGGUUCAGUGCAACUGCCGAAACCCAUACAACAUUGGAUGAAAGUUCAGCACCAAUAACAUGUGUGGAUAUUUCACCAAAUAGUCAAUUUAUUAUUGCCGGUGGUGAAGAUGGACAAAUACGUUCAUGGUCAUUGACAUUAUCAAUGUAUUUAUCGAAAUUUGGUGAACAUAUACCUAAUGCAUUGGCUACUAUUCGAAUAUUAUCGGAUAAUAAACGUGCAUUAUCGGCUGAUGUGCAGAAUAUAAUCCGAUUAUGGCAAGUGGAUAAUGGUAUACAGAUUAAAAUAAUUCAACAUAAACCUAUAAAUGGAUUAUUUGUACAUGGUGGAACGUGUUUUGCUAUUGGUGGCAAAAUUGACAAUUGCCUUAAAUAUUGGCAUAUAUUUGAGCCUGAAAUGGAAAAAAGUGUAUCACAUAGUGAUACUAUUACAUGUUUUACUUGUACACAUUCAGGUAAAACAUUAAUCACUGGAUCACAGGAUAUGUCAUUAAAAGUUUGGGAAACAUCGACGGGAAAAUUAACACAAGUACUUGUUGGUCAUGAAGAAGCAAUAUCAUGUGUAGCAACGGCAGCAUUAGAUGAAAUGCUUGUCGUAUCCGGUGCACAGGAUUGUAAUCUAAUUGUUUGGGAUAUGAAUACUGGUACCGAUCUAUUUACAUUGAUGGGUCAUAAUGCAAAUAUUUUAGGUGUUAUAUUAACACCGGAUGCAUCAAGAGCUUUAUCAUAUUCUGAAGAUAAUACAUUACAAUUAUGGGAUAUUCGUGAUAAUGGUGUUCGAUUAUCAAUGUUGGAUGUUCAUCAUAAUAUUUCUCAUGUUUAUUCAUCAUUAACCGUUACUUAUCUGGCUGUAUGGCUUGGACCAAGUUCACAUAUUUUACCUAUUAUUAAACAUCAUAAUAAUUCAUCACAACAUAUCAAUGUUGAAUUACCUUCGGUUGGUACACCAGUAUCAUCAUCAUCAUCAGCAGCAGCAGCUGAAGAAAAAUCUUCGGCUUGGUUACGCGGUCUAAUUGGACCAUCAUCACGAUCGAAUGUUUCAGUUUUAGCAGCUCGAACUUUAAAACGUGAACAAUCAUUUGAUUCAUUCUAUUUUGAACAUAUGUUACAUCGUGGACAAAGUGUUGAUGAUUUUCGAAAAAUUGGUGCAGCAGGUAUAGGCGGUGGUGGUAUUGCAUCAAGUUUAGCAUCACCAUUUGGAUCACGUGAACAAUUAUGGACAGGACAUCAUCAGGAUCUAGAUUCAAAUAAAACAUUUGAUCGUGUUGGUAGUGGUUCAACAACCAGAUCAAGAAUGAUAUCUAAAUUGCGUAAUAUUGGACCAAAACAUAAAAUGUUGAAAAAGCAACAAAGUAUGUUUGCAUGUUUUCCUGAAUUUACUGGCAAAACUGGUGUUUCUGGUUCCGGACAAGGAUCUGUACAGGAUUCUGGUUUAUCACAACAGGUUAAUGGUGGUAUUGGUAAAAAAUUAAUACCCGGUUCUAAGACGAAAAUCUUUCCAAUAAUCGGUACUGAUCGAUCAUCUACUACUACUACUACAUCAUCAUCAUCAUCAUCAACGAUAGCGGCAACUACGACAACGACUACGACAAGAAUAGGAUUAGGAUCAAGAACUGGUUCACAGGAUAAAACCGAUGAUGAUAUGGAUUCAAUGUUGAUGAUGAAACCAAAUCUUGGUACUGGUGGUAACGGUACAUCAGCUGAUAUAAUCAAUAUGGUAAAAGAUUCCUCAAUUUGUCGACUGAUUUAAAACAAUAAACAAACAUUCACCAUUGAUAUAUGUGAAAAAAUCACCCUAACCAA